UGGUCUUUACUAUGUGAGAAAGAACCAAAAAAUACAACUCUACAAGAUAUGGAAUCUUAUUACGACAUUUUAAAAACUUCACGAGCUCAUUUAAAAGCAGAUGGGAAACCUAAAACCUCAAAGUUUCAUAAAUGGACGAAUGUUGUAAAACCUCUAUACGAUAGAAUGAAAAAUGAGGAAAAGCAAUUAAACGAAGAAAUAGAUAAAAUUAAUAACUCAAGAACUCCUCGAUUAAGUUUAGCACAAAUUACCGAUCAUUUAUCUAGAUCUAACACUAAACCAAACAGUUCUAUGACUACAGAUCCAAAGAAUGAAAAAAUGUUUAAUUUUACUGCAACCCCAAAGGUUAAGAGAGGUUCUGGUUUAUAUAAAGAUGUAAUACCUCAAACACAAUUAGUUUAUUAUGACGAUCCGAAUGAACUAGUAACUAGAUUAAAUCUUCUAACAUCAUCACAAAAUGUUGGUAAUACUGGUGUCAAUAAUGAAAUUAUAUCAAUUUUAGAAGAAUUACGCGAGAGAAAUAUUAUAGUAUAAUGACAAUCUUAACCAGUUUAGCUGAGGAGUUACAUGGACCAGCGAGAAAAAUAUUUCCUAGACGAAGCGUAGUAACACGGUUUAAAGAUGAUCUCUGGCAAGCUGAUUUAAUAGACAUGCAACCACAUUCUAGACAAAAUAAUGGUUUUAAAUUCAUUUUAAUUAUUAUAGAUACAUUUACCAAGUAUGUGUGGGUAGAAGCACUAAAAAAUAAAACAGCAAAGGAGUGUACAAAA